UAACAAAACUGGCACAAAUACACCCGUCAUUGUGUGACGGAUAGGAUGGAGCAGUAAAAACAAAAUUGAUACCGUUUGUACAAUAAUUGGUUGGCUUGAUUUAGGUAAUAUUAAUUUUAACAUACAAGAUAACAUCUUUCGACGUGAAUGUAAAUGCAAACUGGUUCUCUACGGCAACAAGUGCAUUUGGUCGUAUCGAUUGUCGAUUGUUUUACAUCUAGCUGCAAUUACCACAGUAUUGAAAGUGAGGUGGAAAAAUAUUCGUCAUAACCAGAUAGAUAUACCAUCAACAACAAGAGAAUCCAAAUAGAGUAAGAAGGUUAAUCUAGUGCAAUAUAAGUGCGACAUUGAGUUUUUAUUGAUUGAUACCUUGUGAAGUGAUUCGUGAAUUGACUAGUCGAUCAAACAUUAUAUCGGUACAAGUUUCUACUAAUUGAAAUACGAAAUGCUCGGUGAAACCGACAUAAAAGAUAGCGGACAAACCCAAACGAAAAAUGAAACAGAAAAUAAUAUCUUCAGUGACCCGAUGCAAUACCCUGAAAGUGUCUUAGCGAACAACUUUAACAAAUAUCAACUGGACACCCGCUACAUUUCCCAGAUAUGCUGUCCCAGGCGGGUUCGUAGCUCGCUGCCACAUGUUCGAAUGCGACCCUACUUCAUUCCAAAGCGGUCACGAACAAAAAGUGAAAACUCAGAUCCUACGAACCUGCUGUAUCUGGAAACGCUACGAACUAUUGAUGCUAUCCAAGGAAGUAAUAACACCACCCUUAUGAUGGAAACUAGCGAUCCAGCUACAUCUCAGAUGGAUACCUCUAGCCAGCAGCUGGUGUCCCAUAAGUCCGAUAAGUGCAAUUCGCUGGUAAAGUCCAAGUCACUGGAAAGUCUGGUGCGGGUUAUCAAGUCCAUAGAAGGAUCGCAGCCUUCGCACGAGAUGGAAUUUGUCUCUAGUCGCAUUCAAAAGUUGAAAGUUCAGGAAUAGACGUUCCUAGAUCGAUGACAUCGAACAUAAAUGUUUUACAUGCAGUAAUGUAUAAUUUAAGCACAGACAAAACAGAUGUGGUAUGACUGCAAUUUUUUUUUAUUUUCUACGAUCAAGUAUGCCGGAAACAAUAAUUCCGGUAUUCUGUCGGAACUUUUUAUUUGAUAGGAAGAGAUCUGAAGCUGUUGUUUUUCAACAGGAUCUAAUUUGUUUAGUCUGUGCAUACUGAAAUUUUUACAAUUGUGUAGUACUGUGUCCAUAAUUUGGUAAGCGCUAUGCAUUCUUAAAAGCAUACAUUUUAGCAGCAAUUUUACACCAGAAGAACAGAGAAAAUCUAUGUAAACGAUAGUUUAGUGAUACAUAGUACCACUAGUUACCGUGUUUGGUAGGUAAAGUUUAAAGAGAGGGUUUUGUGAAGAUUUUAGAAUCCGAGCCAGAUUGCGACGGAAUGAUACAAGUAUGCUUAUUUAUUGGAAAUAAAG